AUGGCUGUCACUGCCGGGGUGAUAUGGUUGUGCGCUUGCGUAAGGUAUUGUCAUACCGCGGAGUUGGUAGGUGUGCUUCAGUGCAUAAUUUGGUAGCAUAUCCGUUGCCUCUGGAUAAAACACCUUAUAUCUAUUUGUGCAUUGAUAUCCAAGUCGGAAAAAAAGUGAUUACAAUCCAAAGACAUUGUAACUUUUUCUCUGUAGGUCGGCUUUCUAAAUCCAAGGUCUGUUAUGACAAAUAUGGCUGCUUUGACCUUCAUCCGAAUCCUCUGGUGCGGUUUCCACAAGAACCAUCCGAACUUGGAACAUCUUUUCUCCUUUUUACCAGGAAAAACAGUCAGACUGCGAAGAUCAUUGAUGACAGCGAUGUAAACAAGCUCAGGGAUUCAUUCUUCGAGAUUUCCAGACGAACUAUUUUUCUUAUUCAUGGAUAUUUAGGUAAGAUCGAGCUUUUUUACAAAUUAUAAAGUUGAUGAAAUUAACAAAAAAAAAACAGCUACACGACAUUUUUUAGUGGAACCUCCUCUAUAUAACGACCAUUGUAGCUAAGUAUAACGAACAAUUUUCUUUAACCUAGUAAGUAAUAGUAGAAUACCGUAUUUCCUCGAAUAAUAGCCGGGGGCGAUUAUUUCUUUUUUCGCACAAAAAGGGGGCGAUUUUUCGCGGGAAGCGAUUAUUUCAAAUAUUGCUCAGUGGAAGUCGUGCCCUUAAUAUUUUGUUUUAUUUUCCCAUUAAAUCAAAAAAUAAUCACGUCAAAUAAACUGAACAUGGGCUUUUUAAGUUUUACAAAUUUAGUUCCUUGAUUUAUUUUCAGAGGUAGCGCUUGACUUGUCACUGAUCAGGUUUGCUGAAUCGCAGUGCACUUCAACUUGUCAGGGAGGGGAUAACGGGAAGAGAAGAUGGGGAGAGGGGCGAGGGGAGAGGCGAUUAUUCGAGGGAGGCGAUUAUUUUAAGUAUUUCCAUCAAAGGGGGGCGAUUAUUCGAGGAACGCGUUUAAUCGAGGUACGGCUACCAUUAGAGGAAAUGCGGUAUAUAAAGAAGCUCGAUAUAUCGAAACCGUUCGUAAUAUUAGUUAAGAUUUUGUCAGUCCCUUUGCUUUUCGGCGUUAUAUCGAGGUUCCAGUGUAACUAUAAGGCGCAUAUUAAGACUUAUCUUUUUAAGCCUUUAUAUUGGUGAGCAAUUUUAUAUUCAGUUCUUACUUGCAUGCAUAUAUAUUCCUUCUAUUUUUUAUUUUUUUAAUGCAUUAUCUUUUAUUUGUUUCUAUUAAAGUAAUGCAGUUGUAAUGCGCAGCUGAUCAUUCUCAUGUUAAGCUACGCACAAUAAGUUCAUAAAUUAUUAUUAUUAUUACUAUUAACUAUAGUAAUGGUUCGGAAUUCGGAAUCUUACAGAAGUGGUAUCUAAAAAUAACUUAAAUUCACUCCAUUGUGUCAAAAGAAAAUGACUAUAAUCAAAGUUGAAUCAAGGUUGUCUGGUGUCAACGUGGGAUUUGACUUGGCAUUUUUAUAAUCAAAGUUUAUGUAUUUUACAUAGGCAACCUUGACGGUAUUUAUUAUGAAAUCAAAGGCGCGCUGUUGAAUCGUGAGGACUGCAAUGUGAUAAUGGUAGACUGGUCCAAAGGAGCUGCAUCCCUUCCUGGCCAAGCCAUUGGGAAUGCUCGGCUUGUUGGGGCUCAGAUAGGAGAGCUCAUAAGGUUCCUAAUCGCCAGUACUUCUCACUCGGCUAGUUCCGCUGUAAAUCGAUUCUACAUUGUGGGCCACAGCCUUGGAGCACACGUCGCAGGUUACGCUGGGAGUUAUUUGCAGGAUAAGUAUGGAUUGAGCUUGGGCCGCAUAACAGGUAAAUAAUCAAAUACGUUAUAUAACUGAAGAAAGAUACGUCCCUUACACACAUUUGUCACACUAACCAUUUUUAUUGGCUAUCAGGCUUAGAUCCUGCUGGUCUGUAUUUCAUAACAGACCCGACCAGCUUUCGGCUUGAUGAAAGUGACGCUCAAUAUGUUGAUGUCAUUCAUACCGACGCUGGGGUCGUCGGCACCACUCUUGCAAGCGGUCACACCGACUUUUGGCCAAACGGUGGAAGCAGUCAGCCAGGCUGUUUUUUCAAUUGUAAGCAUUUACAAAGUAGAGACAAUCAUAAUAUUCGCUCGAAAUAUUUCUUAUCUUUUUACGAAAUAAAGUUUUGGGAGCUACUUCUGAUUUUAACUGACCACACUCUAGCAAGGGUAAAUAGUCAGACACAUUUUAAGCCGUCUACGAGAAGUGAAUAAAUCUUUUUUUAAAGUGUUUUUAAAACUUUUCUCUGAUUUUGUACUGCUUGACAGUUAAGGUAGCGCCAAGAACAAAACUCGAACGCACUCACUUCUCUAUGAUUGCUACUAGUCUGAGGAGGUCACUUGACCUGCAAGCAAGCGUAAUUGCUUUUUGACGUUUUCGUUGCCAUCGUCGUAGUCAUUUGGUAAACUUCCUGAUACCCUAUCAACGAGCAGAGGUGGCAAGAAAAUCGCCAUUUAACUAUUUCCUACAUUAUUUGCAUCACCCAGACAAAAAUUUCCUCAUUUGCCUUUUGUAUGAAUUCACUUGAUGUUAUUUUUUAAAGCUUGCGACCACAGCAGGGCACCAAAGUACUUCCUGGCGUCUGUUGAGGGAUCUUGCUCCUGGAAAGCCUAUCCGUGUGCUGAUUACGACACAUUUCUGAAAGGCAGUUGCGCAAGCUGUAAUGGCGAAUGUCCAAGCUUGGGUCUCGAUGCUGAUCUUACUAAAAAGGGAGGAAGCUUCUACUUGCAAACAACCUCGAAGGAUCCUUUUUGUGGUAUGAUGUACUCAAUUAAUAACAACUUAUUCAUGUAGGCACGUGUUCAAUGCACCUUUUUUGUUGUUUUAUGUAUCAUGAUCACUGUUCUUGUUCACUGUUGAAAAGAAUGCAAAAGAAAAGGAAGAAAAACACUACUGAUCAGAAACGUUCCAUUACGUGCACUACAGCCAAUUCAAACUUCUCAAACUUUCUGAAUAUUACCCCUCCCCUGUGAUUCAAUUUUGCUUUUGUCAGAAAUUAGAUCUUCUGCUAAUCGUUUGAUAUCGGAUUCUGUUUUGGCUUCAAAUAACUGAAAUGGAAACAAAUGAUGUUUCGCUUUAUCUCCAAGAUGGUGAAAGGCAUUUUCAGUGCAUCGCCUUACUUUGGAGAAUGUCUACACGGACUAUAAGUAAAAGACAGGCCUACGUUGUCUCUGAUAAAAGAAAAGAGCCGAAGUUAAUAAGUUGAACUCUAAUCACGGGUAGGAUUUAACCCUGCCAAAUGAAUUUGGUGAGCCCUACUAUUUUCCCCCAAGAGGGGUGGGGGGGGUGCUGUCACUCCUCUUCGAUUCUCUUUCAACCCGAGUCAACAUACGUUAUAUUAAAGUCGUCACACUGUAUCUCGCACUUUUUAAAGAUGAUAACCACAGGAGAUCUUGUCCUCCUUUACUUGGUGUAGGAUUAUUUCUUUUAUUCUUUUAAAAGACGGUUAUACUGGUUUGGCAGUUGAGCAGUGAAUUGUUUAGGAGAAAUUAGAUGCUGAUCAAUGUUAGAGGGAAGGAUUCGUCAGGGAUCCUUUGGCUAGAGCAAAAUAUAUUUUCGAACCAAAACAUAACAAAAUAAUAAUACUUCUACCCUGCUUAGUUUGGACAGAACAGCUUAAUAGGUCAUUUUCUCGUUUAUUGCAGGAAAGACGCCCUAAAGGCCGAUGGAAACUAAAACAGCAGGAGUAAUGGUUCAAUAACUGUACCUAGUUUAUUUUGUCCGUUAAUUUUACGCACUGUUAGAGUACUCUCGCAAUAAAAUUAGUGAUAUGUUAUGAAGUCUGGGUGCUUUCGUUUAUUCCGAUUUAUUCACAUAUUGGUCCGGUUAAAAAGGCUGAGAUUUGACAAAUCUGACACUAUUUACAGGUACUUUUAUCAACACGACAAACUUAUUGAUAAUCAACUAGCAUACUGGAGAUACACAGUUAGUACACGUAAAAAAAUUGAGCAUUUUUCGCUUGUCAUGAGUUGUCCAUAUUUUGCCUUUGCAAGUGGAAUUCGGAAUUCUGGACUUUGAAAUCCAGAAAACCCUCAGCUCAAGGAAUCAGGAAUCCCUUAAAGAUUGAAAUCUGGAAUCUAAGUUCCACUGACAGAGAAUCAGCCGGGGAAUCCAGUGCCUGGAAUCCAGAAUCCAAGACUCGAUCUCUUGGAUUUCCUUACCCCAUGCUUUAUGUAGUAGAUAAUGCAUGGGGCGAUUGGACAAUGUAUAUCGAGACAAACUCUACUUUAUUCGCUUCUUAAUUGAAUGUGUAAGUACAACUGUUAGACGCAAACGCCACUGACUCAACAAACAAAUAACUUGACAGAGGAAAAUUUGACUAACUAGGUCCGUUAUGACUGUGACAAAAGGCGAAUCAAAACGCACUAAUCACAUUUAGAGCGGUCUUCAAUCAUGACCAAGAAGAUCACGGCUUAACCAGUUAGGUCAAUAUGGGCAGUUUCGCUCAUUUUUAGGGACAGUCUUCUUUAACCCUGGGGAUAAGUUAAGAUAAGAUGAAAACUUUAUUUUAGCACGAAAAAAAAAAUCAGCAUUGCUGGCGGGGUCGUGCAUACAACAAUUACAAGGAGAAUAAGGAAUACUGAAAGCAAAUGCAUAAUUAUAAAUAAAAAACUGUAAAAAUGUUUCUAACCUAUAUUUCUGUUUUUAGUUAUAGCUAAAAUAGGUUGUGCAAAUGUACAAUUGAAAAUUAAAACUGUUAAAAGUAUUCGUAACCGAUAUCUCUGUUUUUAGUUGUAGCUAAAAUAGGUUCGAAAUUCAUUUUGUCAGUAUCAAAUUUUGCAAGACAGCGUUUAAAUUCUUUCAAGGUUUUAGCCCUUGUUUCCUUGUUCGUUAAAAUGAAAGAAAUCCCUUACAUUUUCUCUUAAUAAUUCACCCCGCUUGAUACGCCGGACACCGUGGUAAUACGGACAAUUUCUAUGGCCCUUUCAGUGUCUGUAUCAAAUUGAGGGGUUUGACUGUAUUCUUUUUGAUCGGGUAAAUUUGAUCUGCUGCUGCUGCACGUUUUGCUUAUUUCAUAUACCUAUGUUUAUCCUCCCUGGUCACUUUAAACUUCAAUAAAGUGAAUUCAUUGAAAAGAAAAAAUGGGAAAAAUAAGAUUACACUCCUUGCAGCAACAGCUCAAACCUCUUAGUGCGACCUAGUAUAAUUUAAACCAUUUUUUUGUCCGAAAUCACAUCCCGCAAUCUUAUGACAUCGAAUUCCGUUUAACUUUCAUUUAAUGGAAUAGCUACAUGUCGUCUUCUGUUUCGCUUUAUCUCCAAGAUCAGGUAAAAUAUUUUUUUAGUUUAUCAUCGUGUCGCCCUAAAAAAAUGGGUACACUGCUUACGUUGUCACCUGACCAUUAACGCUGACAGAGGCGCGAAGGCCAAAGAGUUUCCUGCUAAAAGAGGGUGGGUGGAUGGGAUUUUCGGUUUUUCUGAUUUGGCCAUUGGGUUUGGGUCAGUCAGUUUUUCUUGAUUUUAAAACUGUCUGCAAUAAAUGAAAUGAAAUGUUAUGAAACGUGAAUGUUUCCGUUAAUUCCUUUUUAAUAAAUUGGCUUUAAUUUGAUUCGGAAAACUUGCCUACUUUUUGUACAACGUUCUUAGCAACAUUUUAACCUCCCUAAUCCUUUGCCUUUAACAUACACAGAAGCAUAAAAGCACAAGAUGUCUUCCCUUGGCAAAAAAUGAUGUCGCCCCAGCAGAUAAUUAACCUUAAUAAUUACAGAAAAUAGCGUCAAAUUUCUGCAGUGUCUAUUGUUUGUGUUUCACAUGGUACUCCAUGGAUCUCAGGACUUGCUUAGGCAAAAAUUUAGAAGCUGAGUUUAAAAAAAGGUUUGUAGCUUUAUUUCAGGCGUAUAAAUAUUCUCUGUCAACUCCGUGAACAACAGAGUAAGGCCAGGUGACCAGCGAAUGACAAGGGAAAAGAGGCCUCUGCCGCUAGCAGGGUGCUAGUAUCGGCGCACUACAAAGCAUGCAACACUCGCGAUCCUUGUUACAAAGUCUCCCUUCCCCUCCCUUCUUCCCGUUUUCCAAAACGAUUUAAAAAUGACUUCAUGUUAUCACAAGUACAACCUUUUUUUAUUUACAACACCACUAGAACUUACUAUUUACACAGCGAUGAAGUUUUGUUCGAAGUAACCAAAAAAGUCGUUGAACAAUAAAACUUAAAGAUUCCGAACACAGAAAAGUAUAAAUGAAUUCUUAACGUUUUAGAAAACUUCCGUCUAACGGCUUUCCCUGACAGGCAAAAAGACAGAAUUUAACGAUCCAUUUAACAAUCCACGCUGGCAAAACGUGACUGUAAGCAUCGGGCAACAAACCUUCGACACGACCGAACUAAAAUUACCUAUUUAGAGCCUUUAGGUUUAGUGAAACAAAGAACAAAACAUAGAAUAUAGCGGCAAAUUAACUCUCCUUUAUUGUAAAAAAAUUCUAAUCCAGCUUCCACUCAAUGAAGAAUGUUAAACGAACUUAAUUGACAGAUUUCAAGUUCUUGCUGGAACACGUCGAGUCUUAGGAUAUGAGUAUGAUGUGAAGAAUUUUACAGAUCAAGGAGGAUGUUAUCAGCCGAGGCGGAUAACAGCCUCCGAGAUCAGCAUAAUUCUUCACAUCAUGCGAAGGCCGAAUACAAUAAUCAUUUUAUUGCUCAUUCAAAACAUUUCUAAUUUCUUAACAAGCUUACUUCCUCGUAGUCUGCUACACAGCCGUUUUUAGUGUCGGCAACUGUGGGGAGGAGCGUAGGCUCUAUUUCCGCCGUCGGGGGGAUGAGUGCGGGCUCGUUUUCCCGAACAGCGGCUGGUAAUCGAGCCUAGGAGGAGCGUUGCGUCUGCUUUGUAGCAGACUAACCUCCUCGUAGACUUCAUUCAAAACUUUGAGCUGUUUCUCUGCACGGUUUCAGGUAAUAAACAGAUCUAUUUCCUUGCAGAUAUUCCACAAAAGGUAGAUAACAUCCAUCGUGCAAUAUGCUUUGCGUAUAUUUGCAUUUCUCUCAUUCAAUUUUAGUAUUAGUCAGAGAUUCAGCUAUUCACACGUCUUGGGAUAGCCGUGAACGCCAUUUUUUUAGCUCACUAUUGCCCAAGCAGCCUCGUUUCCAAGGAAAUAUACCAUCGACCAACCUUGAUCGUUUCCAAUCUAAUUUAUCUUCUAAUCGAUGGCAUCUUCCAAAUAUGGUAAGCGCCAGUUGGUUAUGAAUAAUUAGCUGGGUAAUUGGUCUUCCAGAGGAGCCGAUAAGUAAUCGGCUCCUGGUCUUCCAGUAAUCUUUUGUUAACCCUAUUUAGACCGGGCAUUUUUCUGCCUCCUGCGACCGGGGUGAGGCCUCGAAGCCUCGAUCCUCCCUAUAACUUCAAAACCGCUCAAGAUAUGGCCAUCAAAAUUACACAGUAUAAUGUACUCAUCAUUUUAAACAUCUAGGCAUAACUUGAUUGACACAAUGAAGUAAUUUGACCUCAUCCUGACGUCAUAUUGCUGCAUUUAUUAGGAAAAUCCAGAUUUCACUUUAAGUAGCCAUAAGCGAAAUACACUUAAAUAGGAAGGUGUCUAAUAAAUUCAAGAGGUUGGCUUACACAUAAAUAAUCUUAAACAAUAGCAGUGAUGUUAUGAUGACAUCCGUUAUCAUUAAAGAAGGAACUAGAAGUAUUUUCUAUCUUAGAUCCUUUAUUCUGAAUUAAUUAAAUGCAUUCUCUUUUACUUAACACCCGUGUGAAUGGAGGAAAUCGCGAAAGAAAACUUGAUCAGCGUACAUAAGAAUACUUAGGAAGCAAAACAAUCGACAAGUUAUGAAAUUGGGAGAGAAAUAGCCGUUGUUGAAAAUUAAACCCAGAAUCUGCCAUUUUGUCGUUUUAUAUUAACGUUGUUUUCUCCAUUUAAUCUCUAGAUGGCUGGAAUUGCAUUAACAGCUAUAAUUCAAUGAAGAAAGAUACAAAUGAAGCCUUUUUUAAUAGAAAAAAUGCAAAUUAAAAAAGCAGGGCUGUAAAAACUCGGUUGCCAUCGUAACAUCAAUGUUGCCACGGCAACAAGACUACACAAAACGUUACGAUGACUUUAAAUGUUUGGCGGUCAUAGCUUGAACAGUUUUAAAGUUAUUCAACUUUUUAGCUAAGGGGGCCUCAAACCCUUCCUACCCUGGUCUGAAUAGCUAUAUAGGGUUAAGGUAAAUCCCACUGUUAAAUUAAAACGGAUAAUUCAUUUGGAUAGCUUUGGUUGCUCAGCUGCUGAAUCUUAUUAUUUUGAAUACGGAUCAAGUGAUUAAAGCACUGUUUAUACGUGAAUAUUUUUUUAUUUAUUUAUCAAAGUGUUUGUUGCAAUACAGAUAACGAUGCUGUUUUCUCUGGCUUCUUUGAUUCUUUUUCAUUCAUCAAGUGGUGAGUUUUAGAGUUUAGAAUUAUGUUUCUAAUGUUGUGGAACAGUCUCGGUUAGAGAUGAGAUGAAAACCCUUUUUCGUCAUCAGUCACAUGAUUAUGCCAUUUUUAGUAUAAAAAUUCAGGAGUGGGGAGUUGUCAGUUGUCAAGUUGUAUUUAGCCGCGUUGGUAACCUACAAUUGACAACUUUGCCACAUAGUUCUCUUAAUCACACAAUUUUUUCUGCUCUUGAUCUACUGUUGGGUAAUUUUCACAGGAUUGUUAACUAGCACGUUUGUAUCAAAUAUGACAAUAACACCGGACAUGCAAGACUGCACGCCUUCCUUAAGCUCCCCUAGUCCUAGCUGACUGUUAAUAAAAGAAGGAAAAUUGUCCGCAACUACCUUGAUAUUCAAGACAAUGUUGAUCACCAUCACAACAAACUGGAACUUAAAAAACAAGUCGAGAUUCUGUUACUCUCAGUGGAAUAAAUUAGCAAUAGUUCUUCAUUUGCUAUACUUCGUGGUUACAUGACUGUUUUAUAUUAUUGGUGGUGACUUUCAACUUGAAAGCUUUUCACUCCUCUUGAGAUACGAAGACCUUUGGGGCAAUUUUGUUACGAGGCCUUCUUUAAUGAAAAUAAUGACUGAGCGCUUAGUGCGAGGUUAAAGUUUUUAAGGUGGCCGAGGAGCGAAGGUAUUAUCUGAUUUAGUGCACCUUUAUCCAUCGGUUUCGAAACCAACAUUUCAGUUUUGUGUUUUAUACUUUACGGAUCUGCUUUUCCAUUUGUUUAAAGAAAAUAACCUGUUUAGUACAAUGGAGAGGUGCUUAACAUAUUAAGUAAUAUUGGGUAACGUGACGAUCUAUAGGGCUCGUAUGGGAACGUAAAAACUCGUAAAACUUGAUUAUUCUUAACUUACUGAUGCUAAAAUCCUAGAUUGCUUUAAAAAGACAAAAGAACUCAAAACAGGGCACGAAAAAUUUAUUUUACUUCUUUUCUCCACAAUAAGCUAAGUGAAGGCGAAUAUCAUCGAGUUUACGUUUCCACAAAAGAAUCAUCUCAAUUCGUUACGUUGCGCAUUGUUUGAAAUAUUGAUUAGUAAGCACUUAACUAGUGACAAGAUAUGAGAUGAUUGUGAUUUUACCAAGUCAUAAUUAUCUAUUCCUUUCUUCAGUUUUCGGUCUUUCGCUCAUUCGUUCAUUUACUGGUCAUUCAUUCCCUUUUCCCCUUUCUUCCCUUUUCCCUUUCUUCCUUCGUUCCUUCAUUCAUUCAAGUCAUUUCCUUUUCAAUACUAAAUUAUGGACUGAAGCACACGCACCGACUCCGCGGUAUGGCCACUUUCCCCCCCUCAUUGAUCCGACGGCUAUACCAUGCCGAUGAGCCCCAAUAAGGACAAAACAGCUGUCUAUGGCUGCCACUGCCGGAGUGAUACGGUUGUACGCAAGCGUAAGGUAUUGGCCAUACCGAGGAGUUGGUACGUGUGCUUCAGUGCAUAAUUUGGUAUCAUUUCCGUUGCCCCUGGAUAUAGCACUUUAUAUCUAUUUGUGCAUAGAUAUCCAAUUCGGAAAAAAAUCAAUUACAAUCCAAAGACAUUGUAACUUUUUCUCUAUAGGUUGGCUUUUUAAAUCCAAGGUCUGUUAUGACAAAUAUGGCUGCUUUGACCGUCAUCCGAAUCUUCUGGUGCGGCUUCCACAAGAACCAUCCAAACUUGGAACUUCUUUUCUCCUUUUUACCAGGAAAAACAGUCAGACUGCGAAAAUCAUUGAUGACAGCGAUGUAAACAAGCUCAGAGAUUCAUUUUUCGAGAUUUCCAGACGAACGAUUUUUCUUAUUCAUGGAUUUACAGGUAAGAUCCAGCUUUUACUAAUUAUAAAGUUGAUGAAAUUAAACAUUUAUUAGUUAUUAUUAGGCGUAGUAAGCAGUAGCGGAUCCAGGGGAGGGAGUCCGGGGCCCCCCUUAUUUUUGGAUCAAACUGAGUCCCGAAGGGCCGAAACAAUUUUUUUUAAGACCGCCCCCCUCCUCCCCACUUAUCUCAGGGUCUAAAUGACCGGACCCCCCCUUAUCUGAAGGUCUGGAUCUGCCACUGGUGAGAGCGUUACUAAAAUAAUACUUAUAAAUAACAAAAAAAAAACAGCUACAGCACAUUUAGUACAUUUUUAGUGGAAGCUCGAUCGAUAUAACAAACCUUGAUAUAAAGAACGCAGCAUAACGAAAGAUUUUCUUUAACCAAGUCAUAGUAAAAUAUAUGAAAAAGAACCUCGAUAUAACGAUAGCUCCUACUAGCGAACAGAUUUUGCCAGUCCCUUGCAUUUUCGGCCUUUCGGCGUUCUAUCAGUGUAACUAUACUAAUGGUUCGGAAUUCGGAAUCUUACAGAAGUGGUCUCUAAAAAUAACUUAAAUUCACUCCAUUGUGUCAAAUGAAAAUCAAAGUUUGUGUAUUUUACGUCUUACUAGGCAAUCUUGAGGGUAUUUAUUAUGAAAUCAAAGGCGCACUGUUAAAUCGUGAGGACUGCAAUGUGAUAAUGGUAGACUGGUCCAAAGGAGCUGCAUCCCCAUAUGGUCAAGCCACUGGGAAUGCUCGGCUUGUUGGGGCUCAGAUAGGAGAGCUCAUAAGGUUCCUCAUCGCCAGUACUUCUCACUCGGCUAGUUCCGCUGUAAAUCGAUUCUACAUUGUGGGCCACAGCCUUGGAGCACAAGUCGCAGGUUACGCUGGGAGUUAUUUUCAGGAUAAGUAUGGAUUGAGCUUGGGCCGCAUAACAGGUAAAUAAUCAAAUACGUUAUAUAAAUGAAGAAAGUUAUGUCCCUUACACCACACCUGAUCACGCUAACCAUUUUUAUUGGCUAUCAGGCUUAGAUCCUGCUAGUCUGUUUUUCAUAACAGUCUCGAACAGCUUUCGGCUUGAUAAAAGUGACGCUCAAUAUGUUGAUGUCAUUCAUACCAACGCUGGGAUCCAGGGAACUAUCUGUGCGAGCGGUCACACCGACUUUUGGCCAAAUGGUGGAAGCAUCCAGCCAGGCUGUCCUCUCAGUGAUCUGACAAAAAGUAAGAAUUUACAAAAUGGAGACAAUCAUAAUUAUUCGCUCGAAAUAUUUCUUAUCUUUUUACGGAAUUUGGGAGGUAGUUCUGAUUUUUAUCGAACAAAUUCUUGGGUAAAUACACACAUUUUAAGCAGUCUACGAGAAGAGAAUAAAUGUUUUUUAAAAGUUUUUUAUAACUUUUCUCUGGUAUUGAAAUAAUAUAAUGCUUGACAGAUGAGAAAGCACAAACUCGAACGCAAUCACUAAUCUAUGAUAAUUGCUACUAGUCUGAGGAGGUCACCUGACCUACAGGCAAACGUAAUUGCUUUCUCUGACGUUUUCAUUGCCAUCGUCGUCGGUCGUCAUUUCGUUAACUCCCUUAACAACCUUCCAAAGGGCAGAGGUGGCAAGAAAAUCACCAUUUAACUAUGACAUACAUUAUUUGCAUCACCCAGACAAAAAUGACCUCACUGGCCUUUUGUAUGAAUUCACUUGUUAUUUUUUUUAAGAUUGCGACCACGGAAGAGCACCAAAAUAUUUCCUCGCGUCUGUUGAAGGAUCAUGCUCCUGGAAAGCCUAUCCGUGUGCUAAUUACAUCACAUUUCUGAAAGGGAGUUGCACUAGCUGUAAUGGCGAAUGUCCAAGCUUGGGUUUCGAUGCUGAUCUUACUAAAAAGGGAGGAAGCUUCUACUUGCAAACAACCUCGAAGGAUCCUUUUUGUGGUACGAUGUACUCAAUUAAUGACUUAUUAAUGUAGGCAUGUGUUCAAUGCACCUUUUUUGUUCUUUUAUGUAUCAUGAUCACAGUUCUUGUUCACUGUUGAAAAGAAUGCGAAAGAAAAGGAAAAAAACAUUACCGAAACGUUCGAUUACAAGCACUGGAGCCAAUUCAAACUUCUCGAACUCCCUAAAUAUUACCCCCGAGAUUCAAUUUUGGUUUUGUCCGAAAUUAGAUCUACUGCUGAUCGUUUGAUAUCGGAUUCCGUUUUGAAUGUAAAUAACUGAAAUAGAUACAAAUGAUGUUUCGCUUUUUCUCCGAGAUUGUGAAAGGCAUUUUUAGUGCAUCGCCUUACAUUGGACAGUGUCUACAUGGAAUUGACGUAGAAGGCCGCAGGCCUACCUUGUCUUUGAUAAAAAAAAAGGCAAACAUUGCAAAGCUAAUAAGUAAAACUCUAAUCACGUGUAGGGUUUAACUACCGUACUCGGUUUCUGCUACAUGAAUUUGGUGAGCCAUACUUUGUCCCGGGGGGGUGUACUGUCGCUCCUCGUCCAUUCUCUUUCAAUCCGAGUCAUCAUACGUUACAUUAAAGUUGUCACACACUGUACCUCGCAAAUUUUCCUGAUGAUAAGCACGAGAGAUCUUGUCCUCAACCUCCUUUUCUUGGUGCAUGAUUAAUUCUUUUAUUCUUUUAAAAGACAGUUAUGCUGUGAAUUUUUUAGGAGAAAUUAGAUGCUGAUCAAUGUUAGAGGGAAGGAAGCGUCUGGGAUACUUUGGCUAGAGCAAAAUAUCUUUUCGAACGAAACAUCACAAAUAUUAAUACUUCUACCCUGCUUAGUUUGGACAAAACAGAUAAAUAGGACAUUUUCUCCUUUAUUGCAGGAAAGACGAAACAGCUGGAGUAAUGGUUCACUUUGUCGGUUAAUUUUACGCAAUUUAGUGUUAGUGUACUGUCUGCAAUAUAAUCAGUGAUAUGUUAUAAGUCUGGGUGCUUUUGUUUAUUCCGAUUUAUUUAUAGAUCCUGUCGAAAAGGUUUAGAUUUGAAAAAUUUGACACUUUCUACGGCUACUUUUAUAAUCAACUAGCAUAUUGGAGAUACACAGUUAAUGCAAAAGUAAAAACAAAUUGAGCGUUUUUCGCUUGGAUUGUCCAUAGUUUACCCCUGCAUGUGGAAUCCGGAAUUCUGGACUUUGGAAUCCGGAAAACAGCUCAAGGAAUCCGGAAUCCAAGUUCCACUGACAAAGAAUCCAGAAUCCAAGACGGUCUUGGAUUUCCUUACACAAUGCAUGGGACGAUUACAAUGUAUAUCGAGACAAACUCUACUUUAUUCGCUUCUUAAUGUUAUGUAUAUAUAUGACUUAGACUCAAACGCCGCUGAAUCAACAAACGAAUAACUUGACAGAGGAAAAUUUGACUGACUAUAGCUAACGCUCCGUUACGGCUGUGACACAAGACCAAUCACAACGUACUACUAAUCACAUUUAGAGUCUUGAAAUCACGGCUCAACCAAUUAGAUCAGUUUCGUUCAUAAUAUUAGGAACAUUCUUCUUUAACCCUGGGGAAAGAACCGGGAGGUACUUUAGGAAUUUCUGGGUGGGGAUGUACCGCUGGGACCCUGGAACCCUUAACCUAUACCAGAGCUAGUUCAGCUGAAUUUUGCCACCCUAUACUAGAGUAAACUCCCCACAUCCCCCUAUCCUAGAGUAGCUGUUUCCCUUGUCUAGAUAAAAUCUUCAACCAACUGAUCAGUUUCCUAAAAAAUGAUACCCUAUUCUAGACCCAAACGCUCUGAUUUAUAUACCCUAUCCUAGAGUAAACUGCCUGAAAACCAUACCCUUCACAGCGGCACAUCCUAUAUAGCCCAUAUAUGGCAGUACCCCCCCCCCCCGGGGGGGAAAGGAAGCCCUUGCAUUUUCCCUAGAUUCACCCCGCCUAGUACAUCGGACACCCCGUUAAUAUGAACACUUUCUAUAGCCCCUUCAGAGUUCCGUAUCAACGGGGUUUGACUCUCGGUAUUCUAUUUGACACUGACGGCAAAUUCGAUCCGUUGCUGCUGCACGUUUUGUUUACUUCUGUACCUAUUCGGAAUUGUUAUUAUUAUGCAAUGCAAUGCCGGUAAUACCAAGGACGGUGAUUGUGAAACUGUUUUAAGAUCAGUGUCAAUUAAACUGUCUGCAAUAAAUGAAGUUAAAUGUUAUGAAAUAUGAAUGUUUCCAUUUGUUCCAUUUUUUAUUAAUUUGGCUUAAAUUUGAUUUGGAAACAUUGCCAACACUUUCUACAACGUUUUCAGCAACAUUUUGACCUCCAUAAUGCUUUGACUUUAAUAAAAACGUGUCGCCCUAACAGAUAACCUUGUAAUUACAGAAAAUAGCGUCACAUUUCUGCUGUGUUUGUUGCUUGUGUUUUGCAUGGUAUGCCAUGCAUCCCAGGACUUGCUUAGGCAAAAUUUAGAAGCUACAGUUUAAAUAAAAUAAAAAAAGUUGGUUGGUUAUUGUUAUAUUCUUAGACUUUCACUCAACUAAACAGGAACUGUCAUUGGUUGAAUUUUGGUCACAUGGCCUUGACUAUUAACCCCGCUCGGGAUUGCUCGGGAUGCAUAAUUAAAUUACAACACGUGAUCAAAGCAUGGUGGAAAGUGGCGUAACAGAAGGCGGGAAAAACACUGGCAGUUUUCACUUUCGGGGAUGAACACAACAAGAGUCCACAACACAAACAGGAAGCCUCAUGCAAGCUAAAAAGCAACGAUUUUCAAAGUUAUCCCUGAAGAGAAAUAGCAGCUAGUAGAGGAAAAAGAUGCACAUAAUACUGAUACGGAAAAAAGUAAAUCAUUCAUUCAGUGGUUUUAAGAAUUAAAUUUGUGUCCUUAUAAGAACCGAGUCGACUGUUUUGAUUCGCUCCGGUUAUUCUUUUGUCGCUGUUUAAGUGAAAGUCAAGAAAUAUAACAAAACAGUUAAUAUCAGGUCCCUCGGCACUCUCGGAGACCUAGGGGAAGUUAGUCUGGACGAUAGAAUGUUCGUGAUGAAAGUUACAGCUUUCACCACGAACAUUUUAUCGUCCCGACUCAGACUGCCCCUGGGUCUCCAAGGAUGCGUGGUCCCUCGGACUGAAAAAUAGCGUUGAAAUUGCGUUAUGAAAUGUAACAUUAUAGGUCACAUCACUUAAAGAAAACACUAUGACUUUAUUUCGACGAAAUUUAGGAAAUUACGAUGACAAACAAUAAGUUUUACUUUUAUUUGCAAGAUCACAUGUAAUUACUGGCAGGUUUACGUCGGAACAAAUACAUACCGCUGUUAAAAAUAUUUCGGACUGAAAUAUCGCGUUACAGUUGCCGAGCUACGAAUUGUAAUUCCGUUCCUCUUAGGGUACAAAUACACAUUGUUUCUUGUAAUCUAUGCUCAUGAUAGGAAACAUGAAUGAUAGAAACUCACCUUUAAACUUUUAGCCGUGAUUCCGAGUCUUUGUACAAGUUCCUCCUCGUCUUUCUUUAGCAAAUACGGCCGCCGUCUGAAUGCUAAUUCCAGCUCCCGAACCUCGAUCGGUAAGAAGGUCUUGCGCUGUCGCCUCUUUUUGGUUGAAUGUUUGGUUGGAGUCGAAGCUUGAUCGGGCUUACCGUCACAAUCGCUGCUGGAACUUGGGAUGUCAAGGUAAAGGAGUUAACGGUGGACUGGUUUCCCUGUGGUUGGGACACGGACUUGCGCACUCCCGGCGGAGUAAGGCGAUAACGGCGGACUGGUAUCACUGUUGCAUUCUGUAAAUUAAAGAUGAAUUAAAUUUUAGUUUUUCAAAUGUCACAUAAUAUUUCCUCUUAAUUUCACUUUAAAUACAAGUAGUCAACAUAACUAUAGACACAUGUUUUAAUGUUUAUUCCUACGGACAAUUUUGGAUAGGUAAGUUGUUUCAUAAUACCGCUCUAUUGGUUAGUUUUAACAACAGAAAUCUCCUGCCUAAAGCUGAGUAUUUCUCUUUUUCUGUUUCCGAGAUUGAUUAAAAUAUUAUAGUAGAGAGGCAAGGAGAUAAAAACUGAUUUCUAAUGAUCAUUGCCGUAAUCAAAAAUGCCAAAUAAUGGCCUCGAAAAAGACCUCGAGUAUCUGAAGCUAGAAUUCUUAACUUACCAGAACUUGAAAAAAAAAUGAAUUAUUUCAUAUAUACCUCACAUCCUUACCAGAACUUGAUACUAUGUUUGUUAACAGCAGGGGGGGUAGGUAACUCUAUUGUUUUCCACCUAAGUUUCUUCACCCACUCCGCCUGCCAGUAUGACGUCGCGUAGUAACGGGCAAGAUGUAUAAAUUAGCAAGGGAUACGACAGUUAUUUGGACGAGCAAGGUCGAGGGAAAGCUAGGAAGCUAGCAAAUAUCGCUAUACAUCGCUUAUUUGAUCGAAUGUGUGUGAGCUUUGGUGUUGCUAUAAUCUGCUUGUGUAAACCGUUUUGAUAUCAAUUUUGUGUCCGUGAUUGUAUAAUUUUGUUAAUUUGUUUUGCCGGCCGUGUUGCGGGAUCGCCAUCUAUUUCACGGGACCGGCAAGGUCAUCAACACUUAAAUCUUUUUUUCUCUAAACUAGGCAAAGUCUAGUCUCCAGAAUAGGAGGUUCCAUCCACAGAUCACGCAUGUUUGUAUUUCAUCUAUUCUUUUGCUAAUUAAGUGGGCGUAACUUGAGCGGUCAUAGCUUGAACAGUUUUAAAGUUAUUCCACCUUUUAGCUAAGGGAGCCUCAAACCCUUCCUCCCCUGGUCUGUAUAGCUUUAUAGGGUUAAGGUAAAUCCCACUGUUCACACUGUUAAAUUAAAACGGCUGCUCAGCUGCUGAAUCUUAUUAUUUUGAAUACGGAUCAAGUUAUUAGAGCACUGUUUAUACGUUAUUUAUCAAAGUGUUUGGUGUAAUACAGAUAACGAUGCUGUUUUCUCCGGCUUGUUUGAUUCUUUUUCAUUUGUCAAGUGGUGAGUUUUAGAGUUUAGAAUUAUGUUUCUAAGGUUGUGGAAUAGUCUCGGCUACAGAUGAGGCGGAAAACCCCUUUUGUCAUCAGUCCAUAUGCUAUUUUUAGUAUAAAAAUUCAGGAGUGGGGAGUUGUCAGUUAUCAAGUUGUAUUUAACCACGUUGGUAAGCUACAAUUGAGAGCGUUGCCACAUGAUUCUGUUAAUCUCACCAUUUUUCAUGCUCUUGAUCUACUGUUGGGCUUUUCAGGAUUGUUACGUUUGUAUCAAAUAUGACAAUAACACCAGGCAUGCAAGACGGCACGCCUUCCUAAAGCUACCUUAGCUGACUUAUAAUAAAGGAAGGAAAAUUUUGUCCGCGACUACAUGGAUAUGCAAGACAAUGCAUGUUGAUCACCAUCACAACAAACUGGAACAAAAAAAAGUCUUUACUUUGUUACUGUCAGUGUAAAAAUUAGCAAUAGUCUUUUAUUUGCUAUACUUCGUGGUUAGAUGACCGUUUCAUGAUAUUAUUGGUGGUGACUUGCAAUUUAAAAGCUUUUCACUCCUCUUGCGAUACGAAGACCUUUGGGCAAUUUUGUUAAGAGGCCUUCUUUAUAAUGAAAAAAGUGACUGAGCGCUUAGUGCGAGGUUAAAAUUUUUAAGUGGCCUAGGAGUGAAGGUAUUAUCUGAUUUAGUGCACCUUUAUCCAAUGUUUUGAAAUCAACAGUUCAGUUUUGUGUUUUAUACUUUAUGGAUCUGCUUUUCCACUUGUUUAAAAAAAAUAACCUGUUCAAUGCAAUGGAAGGGUGCUUAACAUAUUAAGUAAUAUUGCGUAACGUGACGAUCUAUAUAUAGGGCUCGUGUGGGAACGUAAAAUUCGUAGAAAUUAUUCUUAACUUACUUGUGCUAAAAGCCUAGAUUGCUUUAAAAAGACAAAAGAACUCAAAACAGGGUCCUAAAAGGUUUAUUUUACUUCUUUUCUCCACAAUAAGCUAAGUGAAGGCGAAUAUUAUCGAUUUUACGUUUCCCCAAAAGAAUCAUCUUAAAUCGUUACGUUGCGUAUUGUUUGCUAGAUUGAUUACUAAGCGUUCAACUAGUGACUAGCUAUGAGAUGAUUGUGAUUUUACCAAAUCAUAUUUAUUUAUUCCUUCCCUCAUUUUUCGGUCUUUAGUUCAUUCAUUCAUUUACUGGUCAUUCAUUCCCUUUUCCCCUUUCUUCCCUUAAUUUUUCCUUUCUUUCUUCUUUCCCUCAUUCAUUCAAGUCAUUUCCUUUUCAAUACUAAAUUACUCAUGGACUGAAGCACACUUUCCCCCGCUCAUUGACCAGAGGGCUAUGCUAUGCUGAUGAGCCCUAAUAAGGACAAAACAGCUGUCUAUGGCCGUCACUACCAGAGUAAUAUGGAUGUGCGCAUGCGUAAGGUAUUGGCCAUAGCGCGUAGUUGGUACGUGUGCUUCAGUGCAUAAUUUGGUAUCAUUUCCGUUGCCCCUAAAUAUAGCACCUUAUAUCUAUUUGUGCAUUGGUAUCCAAGUCGGAAAAAAAUCAAUUACAAUCCAAAGACAUUGUAACUUUUUCUCUAUAGGUUGGCUUUUUAAAUCCAAGGUCUGUUAUGACAAAUAUGGCUGCUUUGACCGUCAUCCGAAUCUUCUGGUGCGGUUUCCACAAGAACCAUCCAAACUUGGAACUUCUUUUCUCCUAUUUACCAGGAAAAACAGUCAGACUGCGAAGAUCAUUGAUGACAGCGUUGUAAACAAGCUCAGAGAUUCAUUUUUCGAGAUUUCCAGACGAACGAUUUUUCUUAUUCAUGGAUUUACAGGUAAGAUCCAGCUUUUACUAAUUCUAAAAUUGAUCAAAUUAAACAUUUAUUACUUAUUAUUAGGCGUAGUAAGCAGUGGCGGAUCCAGGGGAGGGGUCCCGGAGCCCCCGGCCCCCCCUUAUUUUUGGAUCAAACUGAGUUCCGAAGGGCCGAAACAAUUUUUUAAGACCCCCUCCCACUUAUCUCAGGGUCUAGAAGACCAGGCCCCCCUUUAUCUGAAGGUCUGGGUCUGCCACUGGUGAGAGCGCUACCAAACUAAUACUUAUAAAUAACAAAAAAAAACAGCUACACGACAUUUAGUACAUUUUUAGUGGAACCUCGAUAUAACGAACCUUGAUAUAACGACCUCGGCAUAACGAACGAUUUUCUUUAACCAAGUAAUAGUAAAAUAUAUGAAAAAGAACCUCGAUAUAACGAAAGCUCCUAACAGCGAACAGAUUUUGCCAGUCCCUUGCAUUUUUGGCCUUUCGGUGUUAUAUCUACGGUUCCAGUGUACUCCUGUACCAAUGGUUCGGAUUUCGGAAUCUUACAGAAGUGGUCUUUAAAAACAACUUAAAUUCACUCCAUUGUGUCAAACGAAAAUCAAAGUUUGAGUAUUUUACGUCUUACUAGGCAAUCUUAAGGAUAUUUAUGAUGAAAUCAAAGGCGCACUGUUGAAUCGUGAGGACUGCAAUGUGAUAAUGGUAGACUGGUCCAAAGGAGCUGCAUCCCCAUAUGGCCAAGCCACUGGGAAUGCUAGGCUUGUUGGGGCUCAGAUAGGAGAGCUCAUAAGGUUCCUCAUCGCCAGUACUUCUCACUCGCAUAGUUCCGCUGUAAAUCGAUUCUACAUUGUGGGCCACAGCCUUGGAGCACAAGUCGCAGGUUACGCUGGGAGUUAUGUGCAGGAUAAGUAUGGAUUGAGCUUGGGCCGCAUAACAGGUAAAUAAUCAAAUACGUUAUAUGAAUAAAGAAAGUUAUGUCCCCUACACACACUGGUCACGCUAACCAUUUUUAUUGGCUAUCAGGCUUAGAUCCUGCUAGACUGUUUUUCAUGACAGUCUCGACCAGCUUUCGGCUUGAUAAAAGUGACGCUCAAUAUGUUGAUGUCAUUCAUACCAACGCUGGGAUCAAAGGAACUAUCCGUGCGAGCGGUCACACCGACUUUUGGCCAAAUGGUGGAAGCAUCCAGCCAGGCUGUCCUCUCAGUGAUCUGACAAAAAGUAAGCAUUUACAAAACGGAGACAAUCAUAAUUAUUCUCCCGAAAUAUUUCUUAUCUUUUUACGGAAUUUGGGAGGUAGUUCUGAUUUUUAUCGAACAAAUUCUUGGGUAAAUACACACAUUUUAAGCAAUCUACGAGAAGAGAAUAAAUGUUUUUUAGAACUUAUCUCUGGUAUUGAAAUAAUAUAAUGCUUGACAGUUGAGGUAACGCCAAGAAUAAAACUCAAACGCACUCACUAAUCUAUGAUAAUUGCUACUAGUCUGAGGAGGUCACCUGACCUACAGGCAAACGUAAUUGCUUUCUGUGACGUUUUCGUUGCCAUCGUCGUUGGUCGUCACCUCGUUAACUCCCUUAACAACCUUCCAACGAGCAGAGGUGGCAAGAAAAUCACCAUUUAACUAUGACAUACAUUAUUCGCAUCACCCAGACAAAAAUUUCCUCAUCUGCUUUUUGUAUGAAUUCACUUGUCAUCUUUUUUAAGAUUGCGACCACAGAAGGGCACCAAAGUACUUCCUCGCGUCUGUUGAAGAGUCAUGCUCCUGGAAAGCCUAUCCGUGUGCUAAUUACAUCACAUUUCUGAAAGGGAGUUGCACAAGCUGUAAUGGCGAAUGUCCAAGCUUGGGUUUCGAUGCUGAUCUUACUAAAAAGGAAGGAAGCUUCUACUUGCAAACAACCUCGAAGGAUCCUUUUUGUGGUACGAUGUAA